AUGGUGAAUAGGCCAAACAGUUUGGAGCUUUUGAAUGCCAUUCUCUAUCUCUUGGGUUUAUCUCUAGCUAUCUACAUUGUUGAGAGUGGUACAACAUCAUUGCUUAGAAUCAUCAAUGCACCUUUCCAUCACGAGCUCUACUUCGCUUUGCAUGAGAUUAUCAGGUCAAACUUGCCAGUUGCCACAACAUGUGAAAAAUUGUCACGACAGGAAAGCAAUUCAAAGAUUUUAGUUGUUUUGCAUGAUGAUCCGACAGGAAAACAAACUGUUCAUGAUAUUGAAUAUUUGACAGAAUGGACCAUUGAGUCACUGAUUGAGCAGUUUAGAAAAAGUCCAAAAUGCUUUUUCAUUUUGAAAAAUUCCAGGUCACUGAGUUCUGACAAGGCCAGUGCAUUGAUAAAAGAGAUUUGCAGAAAUCUGGACGCUGCAGCAAAAUCAGUUGACAACAUUGACUAUACCGUAGUUUUGAGGGGAGAUUCAACUUUACGUGGCCAUUUUGAUGAAGCAGAUGUUGUUUCAGUAUUGGGUGAUAUGGAUGCAUGGAUAAUUUGCCCCUUUUUCCUUCAAGGAGGUCGUUACACUAUUGAAAACAUACACUAUGUUGAUGAUUCUGACAGGCUUGUUCCUGCCGGGGACACUGAGUUUGCCAAAGAUGCUUCCUUUGGCUACAAAUCUUCAAACCUGUUGGGAGAGGAGAAAACAAAUGGCCGAAUACUUGGAAGUAGGGUUGCAUCGAUUUCUAUCCAACUUUUGAGGAAAGGUGGUCCAGACGCAGUUUGUCGGCAUCUAUGCAGUUUGCAGAAGGGGUCAAUAUGCAUAGUUAAUGCAGCUAGUGAAAGAGACAUGACUGUAUUUGCACUUGGAAUGAUCAAGGCAGGAUUGAUGGGAAAACGUUUCUUGUGUCGCACUGCUGCUAGUUUUGUUUCUACACUUAUGGGAAUCAUCUCUAAGCCUCCAAUAUUGCCAAAUGAUAUAGGAAUAGAUAGAGAAAGGAAUGGUGGUUUGAUAGUUGUGGGAUCCUAUAUUCCGAAAACAACAAAGCAGGUUGAAGAGCUCAAAUUACAGUGUGGUCAGUUCUUAAAAAGCACUGAGGUAUCAGCUGAAAAACUUGCAAUGAGUCCUAUUGAGGAGAGGGAGGAGGAAAUCAGUAGAACAGCUGAAUUAGCAGAUGUAUAUCUUAAAGCUCAUAAAGACACUCUAAUAAUGACCAGCCGAAAUCUCAUAACUGGAAGAACUGCCACUGAGAGUUUGGACAUUAAGUUUAAAGUGGGCUCUGCUUUGGUGGAAAUAGUGAAAAGAAUAACUACAAAACCUCGCUAUGUAAUUGCAAAGUACAUUUUCUGGGGUGGUAUUACAUCUUCAGACCUUGCUACAAAAGCCCUUGGUGCAAGAUAUGCGAAGAUAGUUGGACAAGCACUUGCUGGUAUUCCGUUGUGGCAAUUAGGCCCUGAAAGUAGACAUCCUGGAGUUCCUUACAUUGUCUUCCCUGGUAAUGUUGGUAACAGCACAGCAUUUGCAGAAGUUGUAAAGUCCUGGACUAGUCCAAUCAGACUUACAUCAACAAAAGAAAUUAUCAACAAUGCAGAAAAGGGUGGAUAUGCUGUUGGAGCAUUUAAUGUCUAUAAUUUGGAAGGAGUUGAGGCUGUUGUUUCAGCUGCAGAGGAAGAAGAAAGUCCUGCUAUAUUACAGGGAGAAUCUCUUAUGUUUGGGAUCUUAUUGAUGAGAUGCAUGAUAGAGGGAAUUCGACCAGAUGUGUACACAUUAAAUAUACUUCUUGAUGGAUUAUGCAAAGGCAAAAGACUUAAGAUUGCACAAGGGGUUUUUCAAGAUCUUUUGGUUAAAGGCUAUCGUAUAAAUGUCUACACGUAUACUAUUAUGAUUAAUGGGCUUUGUAAUCAGGGCUUGCUUGAUGAAGCAUUGGCCAUGCUGUCAAAAAUGGAAGACAAAGGUUGCAUCCCUAAUGCUGUUACUUUUGAAAUACUCAUUUGUGCUCUCUUUGAAAAAGAUGGAAAUGAUAAGGCAGAGAAACUUCUUCAUGAAAUGAUUGCUAGAGGCUUGUUGUAAGACUAAAUUAGAUUCAGAUGAUAAAUUUUUUCCUAGUAAAAUCAUGACCAUGUAGUGGCAGUUUUUAAAUGGAGUUACAGUAUUGAGUUGUUUGUGGAAUAGGUGGAAGUGUGGGAAAUUGCUCCUUUUGCCAAUCUAAUACAUUUUCAUGGCCACCUCACGUUUUGUUUCCCAAUCUCUCACAUUGUCACUCAGGCUCAGACAAUUUUUGAGUCUUGAAUCAUGCGCGACUUUGAGUUGGUGGAGAAUGCUGUUGUCUCUAUCCCACUUCUCUAUAAAGCUUUGCUCAUCAUCUGCUUCAAGAUUAUCAAGCACUGAUAACUCCGAGGAGUUUACUUCAUCGAGGCUGAAGCACUGAUAAUCUUUGACCAGUGAUCACCAUAGAGAAUGAGCUAAUACCCCUCACGCACAACCUCUUGUUUGAGCAUGAAUCAGAUUUGGAUGUUGAUUUUUUUUUCCUUUUGGUCUGCUGGGUCUGUCAUGCUUUAAUUUGAUCCUCUGUUUGCUGAAUUAGAUACUGAUAUUCAUUCAAUACAGUUUGGAUACUUCAUUCCUUUUUAUAUUAGCAUUUAUUGUUGAUUUAUGUUUUGCAUGUGAAUCUCAUGCCAGUUUAAUUGAGAUGUGAAAAGCUGCUCAUGGUUUUUAUUUAUUCACUCUAAACCAAUGGAAAGUUGAUAUCAGCUUUUAAUGGUGGACCACUAGACAUGUGAGUUAUAAUAGAUUCAUGGAUUUAUGCUCA